CUAGACCUAGCACCAACAUAUGCGCAUCGUCGAGUGGUCAAGCAUCAGCAUCGCCGCAUCACGUUCGCAUGCCAAAAGUAGGGGGAGACGGGUCGUACAAUUCGGGUAGCAGGGCGAUGAUGCUACCAGCGCUCCAACUUGCCAAGCGCGGGAUCCCGUGCGCGCCAUUUUACGUCACGCGAGUGGCUAACCGCGUAACUUUUGCUUUACGUGCAUUGGAACCCGCCGCGCUGACUGCUGCUCGUGUCGCGCACAGCAACGUGUCCAAUCUAUUCACUCCCCAAGGCGACACGGAUCCCACAGCGCUACUGCCGUAUUUCGUUGGCAUCUGGCAGUCUACACAGCCAGAUGGCAUGAGGUGUCUCGUGGUGCAUGCGAUCAUGUAAGAGGUUGGAAGAGAAGACAUGCUGACAAGCUCACUCGUCGUUUCCUGCGUUCCGCCUCUGGCUGCUUUGCAAGCCACGUGUACAAUGGCAGCGGCGACCGCUGCAGGCGAGUCUCCUUGCCGAUGGACAGGAUGCGAGCGCAGUCCUCUUCGAUGGGUGCUGCAGCGCGCAGAACAACGUCCUCGCUCCGCCGAACGGCCGCACCACCAACUUGCCCAGCGCCCUCGUCGCUAGGGGCACGGUACGCAGCUGGAAAGUCAGCAUGAGCAAGCAAACAAAGGGAAACAGGCAGACACGUGUAUGCAGGAUGCAAGAGAUCGUCCGUGCUUUGAACGCUCUGCGCGUCGACAAUGCGAAGAAUUGCAGACGAUACAACGGGAAUACGAAGAUGUUUAGGGGGUUAUGUGUAAUGAGAACCGUGAUGGGGCUCAACCAGA